AUGUUUCCCGAUGUGCCUGGUCUGGAGUCAAUCGCCUUUCGGGUAGUGGCCCAAGGUGGUCGCUGGAGAGUCUUCUCCGACGAGCUUGAGGCUGCUUUCUCAUUGUGGCUUUAUUCCGUGUACAAACAGGAAAACGGCAUUGGAGAUGAGGAAGAGAAGCAAAAAGGGAGAAACAAGGACGAUACGUGGCUGCGCACCAAGGGAACGCUAGAGAAGCCUAGCCUCCGACUUCUGGGCUCGCAUACGGCAACUCUGUAUAGAGACCUCCGGUGGCGGAUGCCUGAUGGCGCUGCUAGGGUCAUCGAGGUUAACGACCUCAACUCUGACACUGACGACAGCAUUAUGGAGGCCGUGAGCCAUCGAGUUGUCGGAUUAGUGUCCAACGCCAGGGCUAAGUCUUCAGAUGUCGACAUCUACCAGUACAAGUGGACGUCCCCAGAAUCCCCGCGGAGGGACGUGCCCCUGGCCGUCGAAUUAUACAGCCCUUUGAAGAUAUUGUGCGCCUAA